AUACUGAAUAAGUAUUGAUUCAAAAACGUUUGAGCUGCAUCAAUCACAUUAACGUAUAUUUAUAAAGCAUAAAUUAAAAUUACAGAUUUGUUUAUCUCUAUUUUAAUAACCGAUCGGGUAAAUAAUUAAUCACUUAAAUACACAAAGCAUGUGUCAUAACAAAAAAUACUUUUACUGUGGGCACGACACUCCUACGAAGCUAACGCAUAGGAACAAAAUAAAUCUAAUGGCUACGCAAAAGUUAACACGUAAUUAACGAUUCUCGGAUUUAAUGUGGCGUUGCGUGGCGUGAUUGGUCGGAUCGAAGCCACAAAGAGGGGUCCAAAGAUUGCCAUCGCUGAGGAUCUCUGGAUCCGAUCUGGACACACUCGUUGCAUGCCCGCAUGCGUGGAAAAAAACUAAAGUUGCGCAGGGAUGCAACGUACAUAAAUGCAUACUCACAUGCAAGAUGCAGCCACCAGGACAUCGUGGGAAGGUUGAUAUCGGCAUGCAGGUGGGGGCCACGGGCGGUUUCUUCCCCAAUAAUCUCAACUGGACGCAUGCAGGGACGGACGGAGCCAUGCGAUGGUGCUCAACUGCUCACGAUGGGUGGCCUCGUCGGAGCAGAUGUAGCACCGCCGGUGGUUGAGGUCAGGGCUGGCAUGCAACGGCGCGACAUGGACGAGCUGAGGUUGGGAAGAGCGUGGGACAGGUCAGUGCCAGCGCCCAAGGAUGUGCAGCGGAUGGAGCACAGUGCAGCGAGGAAGACAAGAUGCGCUUGAAUGCUCACCUACGGACGAAGCUUCAGUGGGGCUCCCUCGGGUAGUGGAGAACGCAAACGUCGACUCUUCAACGCGCGGAUGGGACGACUGUGGCAGCUUCAACUGUGGGCGCUCGCCAGAGGAGAUGUGCCGGCUGGGUGCACCGAGCGGCGCGGCGGAGGGAGCACGGGACCCGACGGGGCUCACCAGCCAUCACACGGCUGGACCUCGACGAGCGGGCCAGGGGAAGCGGGCAAGGCAUGGCUGGCAGGCGGCUGUGGCGCGCGGCCAUGGCGGGCGGAUGCAACAGGCGGCCAGCAGCCGAGCUCGUCGGCCAGGGACCGCGCCGGGGCCAUGGCGGGGCGGCUGCGAUGGACAGGCUCGCUGGUGGCUAGACAGAAUGCCGCAUGAGGCUGUGCGACCACGCCGUCGCGCUGCCGUGAGUUGGCUGGCCACCGCCACCGCGAGCUGCUGCGCGGGCGAGUGUGGGCGUCCCUGCGCGUGGGCUGGGGAGACGCGAGGGCGCGGGGCUACGUGAGUGCGGCGGCGGCUGGGAGCGCGCGACCUAGGGUUUGGGGAGAGCGCGUGCGGGAGGUAGGGGCA